AUGGAGAAGCAGCUGCAGAGCGCGCAGUCCCUCGGAGCGGCCGCUCCCGCGCCGGCGCCCGCUGCGGCGCCUGCGCCGCCCGCGAUUGAGCCCGAGGUGGUUGGGCAGGCGGCCCCGCAGCAGCAGAGCCAGCUCGACAACCCGCUCCCGUUCCUGGGCGCCGACGCCGUGAAGGACGACGUGGAGGGAUUCAAGAAGCUCGAGCUGCUUGCGGACAACACGAUCGAGGACGAGGCGGCUCUGCGCCUGAUCGCCGUGCCUGUCUUGGGCCGGGACCCGACGAAGGAGACGACGUCCUUGCCGCCCUUAUCCCAGGUCCGGGAGACCCUCGGGAGCGACCAGUUCGUGGUCUCCGACGUCGUCGCGUUCGAGCGCGUCUACGUCCUGAAGGGCACCCUGGCCGCGGGCGCACAGCCCGGGGCCGCCCUGGAGGCGAUGCGCGGCAGGCUGCGGGGCACCGGCGCGGAGCUCUUCCUGCAGAAGUCGAAGCGGGAGACGGCGAGCUCGUGGUCUUCGUGA